AUGUCCGACUUCUUCCGCAGAGCAUCGGACGCGCUCCAUCAUCGCAAAGACUCAACCGACUCAACGGACGCACCCAAGACCCUCGACGCAAAAGAGCCUCUUGAGCACGGGCAGUCCGAGCCUGCUCAGCCUGAGGCUCACGUCAACGAGACUUUUACUGAUACAGCGGCUGAUGAUAAAACCCGUCCGAAGCAACGCCGCCAUUGGGUCUGGGGACAUCACGAGGGAAACAAACCCGAAACAAAGCAGCAACCUAGCCAGCCCGAGGCGCAAAAGGACAAUACUGACUGGGUUGUUGGUUCGUAG